AUGAUAUCAACACCACCUCCAACCACAACACUAACACUAACCCUAACUCUCUCAACCCUCCUCCUCCCCCCAACCUUGGCGCUCGCCACUCCCGAUCGCAACCAGAACAUUAACCCCCAUAAUAACGAAGAGACAAUCCCCAAACGAGCCCCGGCUUUGAAUUACAUAGGCUGCUACUCCACAAGCGAAACCUUCACCAAUCGAACCUCCCACCUCUACCAGAGUUUCGGAUGGUGUCUGACGGAAUGUGGGAAUCAUAAUGCCGCGACCUUUGCCCUACAGGGCUAUGAAUGUCUCUGUGGGAAUGGCCUGCCCCCGUCAGAGAACCGGGUCGUGAAGCAGAAGUGUCAGACUAUUUGUCCCGGGUUUGCGGAGGAUGUCUGUGGUGGUGAGGGUCUCUUUUCGGUUUAUUCUACCGGCCUGCCGGGAAAGGAUGGCGUCGCGGUUGACGCUAACUCAGCUUCAACUUCGACUUCGACUUCAACGGCAACUUCAAAGGCAACUUCAAAGGCAACGGCAGCGGCAACUUCAAGCGCUGAGACACACCCAUCGAAUAAUGAUAAUACUCCCGCAAGUGACCAUAGCACAGAAGAUGCGGAAGACAUCCAGAAAAGCAAUAGUAGCAAUAGCGGUAAUACCGCUCUAAUCGUCGGUGUCGUCGUCGGAGCAUGCGGAGGCGCAGCUCUCGUGAUCGGCGCCUUCUUUCUCUGGAGAUGGCGAAGCAGAAAGCGAAACGCCCAGGAAAAUGGAGUGGAUUAUGCUGAUGGUUCUGGGGAUUUCGGCCACGAAGCUUCGAGGGUCAAUUCUCGGUUCGAUGGUGACUAUCUUGCUGAGUGUCGCAAGAUCAAUGGGAGCAUUGAUGAUUUCCAUGAUUAUUCAAGGAGGAUCUUAAAGGUUAGUAUGCACCGGUGGCUAUGCUUCUAUCUGUUUGGUCAAUCGGUUAAUAAUUUGGUCAGGUCACUAAUCCUGAUCGAUGACCCGCGGACAGCAACCCGUUUCCUUACGUUGGAACUAUGGUAA